GAUAAAGCAAGAACAUGUCAGAGCUAAAAUGUUGAACAGGGAGAUGGAGAAUCAAAGAUGACUAAUAAGCUGACACAACCCAUUUGAUAAAGAAACAGUAGUUAAUCACCUCCACCUCCUGCCGGCAAGUUCUCCGCCGCCACCGCCGCGUUCAAUUCCUGCCCUAGUGGUCCACAUAAAACAACACCUAUAAUCACCUAUUGCAUAGUACUUGUAAGUGUAUGAAUUCAUGUCCAUAUAUAAAUUCUCUCCUUAUGAAAAAAAGCCAAAAAUUAUUUGUCGGUAUAUAUUGAGAAAUUCUUGUCUGUUCAGAGUUUGUUGAACUGAAAAUUAUGGCUUCUUUCCUUUAUUUGUUGAGACGAGAUUGAACAUAACGUACAGAAACACCUUACCUCCUCGGUCCCAUCUCAGUAUUCUCUUCACUUUAACUGAACAUUCGUAUGUAGACACGCACGCCUCGACCCCACCCCUACUCACUGCUUCCUCUAUUUUCUACUUCUCUAUAAGCUAAUAAAGAUAAAAACACUAGUAAAACUUUGCCUAGACUUUGUCUUCGUGCAAACUCCGUGCACUUCUUCAAGGCUUUCUCUGUAUUUUCCGCAGGCAGCUGGUGGUAGUUGCUAUUAAUUUCCUUUUUGUAUCUGUCUUUAACUCUUUUUGCCUCAUUUACAAAAGUGUAAAAAUCUAUUAGUAAGAUUCACAUUUCUUCAAUUUUAGUUACUUAUAUUUGAGGAGAUGCUCCUAAAUGAAGCAUUGACCGUAAAAACGUUGACAAGAAGUUUGAGUAUUUAAUUUCAAGCAUAUCUCUACGGUUGAAAGCGGUUGGGAGGUUUGACUUGCAUGCAGUUAAAUCUUUCAGUCCGAAAAAAGAAGAAAAUCUGACUGUGUGAUCUGUUGAGAUUGGAACUGAAGAAGAAAGAAGACAAUUUUCAGUAUAAAAGGCCCUUGAAAUUAGUUUCUUUUUUCCAUCACAACUGAAAAAGGAGAGAAGCAGAAAAGUGGAAAAGGAAAAGUGACAUGGAGCAAGGUGGAAGAUCGUCAGGAGAGAGCGAUCGAAAUCAGCAGCAAAGGAGAAUGAAGAUGCCUGAAAACAACUCAUCACAACCACAGCCGCCACCGCAGAAAUGCCCUCGUUGUGAUUCAAACAACACCAAGUUUUGCUACUACAAUAACUACAGUUUGACUCAGCCGAGGUACUUUUGCAAGACCUGUAGGAGGUACUGGACUCAAGGUGGAACCUUGAGGAAUGUCCCCGUAGGCGGUGGCUGCCGUAAAGGUAAACGCACGAUGAAGGGCGGUAGCGUUGGUGUUAGUUGUGGUUCAUCUUCAUCAGCUAGUGAAAGUUCAUCAAGAUCUUAUCAACAACAAUCGCAACAAAUACCGAAUUUGUCAGCAGCAGCAGCAGCUGUUUUUUUCUCAGGUAACAACAAUUCGAGAUCUCAACCGCCGCCACUCCCAUCGCUGAGUUCUUUGUAUACCGGUGGCGUUGGUGGUGGUGGUGGGUUUUUAUCUACUUUAGCCUCCAUGCAAUCAAUGACUCAAUUAUCACAAGGUGUCAAUAAUGAUCACUCUCAGUUAGGGGUAAUUUCAGCCAGCAAUAGUAGUCAAUUUGGUAAUUUCAAUAUUCCAAGUAGUAUUCCUCCUAAGGUUCAAAUUAACCAACAAAUGGAAAGUGGAAUUUACCAAAUGGUCGUCAAUAGAGAAAAGCCCAUGGAAUCAUCUUUUUACCCAUCUGAUCAAAUUUCACAGUUUCAACCAACAAGGCCUUUGGGUUCUUGGACACAAAGGUUCAUCAACAACAACAAUAACAAUAAUAUUUGGCCGAACGCCUCCGCUAGCAGUAGCAGCAGCGGAGGUGCUAACAGUAGCACCACCGCUGCUGGUGCAUCUCUCAACCCGAAUCAAUGGCCUGAUCUUCCGGGGUUCGGACCAUCACCAUGAGAUUUUAGGGUUUCUUGCCUUCAAACAUACUGAAUUAGUGUUUCGUCCAUGAGAUUAUUCCUGAACUUUGCUCUUUCUUGAUGACAUCGAAAUGAAUGGAUGAAGUUUUUCAACGGUAAGGCAUUCAAUUUCUGCGUUUUUUUUUUAUUUCUUGUAAAACGCAGAAAAUAAAAUACAAUAGAGACAUGAAGGGAAAAAAAGGGUUAGCUAGCUAAAAUUGUUGUAUGAUGUAUUUACCUUCUUAUAGAGAAUUUCUGGAUUGGGUUAGGUUUGUAUCUUUGAAACUUUUGAUCUCAAAAGUUAAAUGUGUUUGUAUGUUAUAACCUUA